ACUGAUAACAUGUUGCAUAAUCUUAUGAAACGACUACAGAACCACACUGAAGCAGGAAAUGGCUAACAGAGCAGACGCCACAGCUCUCACAGCUUUUGUUGAACAUGGAAAAACUCUGCUGGAGCGUGCCAAGAAGGAGAGCAGGGAGGGUAAGUAGCAGUUUUAUUACGCUGGACUGGUGAUUAACAGUAAAACAGACAUGCAGAUACUGUGUUUGACAGUUUGGAGGCAGUUUUGAGGUCUUAUCCUGAGUGGAGGCCGAUCAAUCAUUAGACCUAAAGAACAACAUCAACACGGUUACAUGCUAACUUUAUUUACUUUUUCUACCACAGGCUCACUCGAGGAUUUUAUCAGGCAGAAAAUCCGCAUCGAGCAACAGCAGUCACUGCUGGGUCUGAUUGAAGCUGGUGCAGCUUUAUAUAGAAGGUUAUUAACACUUUCCAUAAUACCAGUGUGAUAUCUCAACAGGCUGAUUUCUGCUACAUCCUGAAAAAGCGAAUAGGUGACACGGAUUCUGUGUUUCAUGAAAAAAAAAAAAAGUAUUUACUUUUGUUUGUUUCUGUUGUCUCAGUUUGUCUGUUCAAAGAAAAAAGGAUGCAGAGGACCUUUGGAGAAAAAACACCAAGUAAGACCCAGAGCUGAAACAAUGGGCUCUAUGCACAGCUCCACGACUUCCUGAACUAAAGGCUGCUCCUUUAUUUCCUGUCUUACAUUACCGAACAAACUGAUUAAUCCAGGUGUGACUGAUCAUUGUGAUUAGUCAGACACACCUGGAUUAAUCAGUUUGUCCAUUAAUUCAAGAAGUAGUAGACCAGUGCAUAGAGCCUUUUCAUUCUUAAACCUACUUAUCAAACCUAAUAUACUAAGCAUACAUCUUCAAAAAUCAUUCAAAAUAUUAUUGAAAAUAUGAUAUUUUCAGUGUAACAUAAUCAUUUUGCACCCUGAAUUAGCCGAUCAUAUGGACUCUAUAGACAUAAUAUAUGUAGACGCCUCAUCCCGUGCUGGAGCAUAAUCCAGCAUCGCCGCCAUAUUGGAUUGGUCUCCUCUGUCAUGAUAUGUUCUGGUAUUUAGUUUCCCCUGGUUUUGUUAUCUGACUGUAUUUUCUUCCUCGUGUUUCUGUUCCCUAUUCUUCCUGUGAUCCUGUCUUUUAAGUGUUCAGUUUGUGUUUGACCCUGUUUCCACACUGACACACUGACUAGAAUAAAAACUUUUUGAGGGACUUCCUGUGCAAUAAAAGUUUCAUUUUAGCAUUUUAAUCGUCUAAUUUCUCUGUACGGCCUCUCCAGCUGUACUGCUCUACAGGACGCUCUGCAGGACUUUAAGGAUUUAGAAGUGAGUAACUGAGUUAUUAUCACAUAUUUUUCAAACAUUCCUCUCAGAGCCAUUGUCUGAGUGAUCAUUUUUCACCGGCUGUGGCCAAUGUGUUGCAGGUGCAGUGGGAUGCCUUUCUGCAACAUUUGGAUGAUGAGUUACAACUGAGCGCUAGAACAAUGGAUAGUACCCAACCGAUAAAAUGCAUUUCACCUGAUACACCUCUAACUGACGCCCGAACAGGACAGUAAGUCACUUUUUAUAUUUUCACGCACUGGUUCCUGCUGUGGAAAAAAAACCACACACUGUUCAAGUUUUCAUUUUAUGAGUGUGAAUAAAAAAGACUACUUCUAUUUUAUUUCCUAAUUCUCAGUCACAGAUCUGUUGAAAUCCUCACAGGGUAUCUUUCAUUUCAACUAAUAAAAAGUAAAAUAAAACUUUUCUUAUUCUGUUACUGUGUGACUUGUAGAGCGGUAACGUUACAGAAGUAUUUCGGGCGAGGUAAGAAGAUCCUGCUGGUGUUGAUCCGUCAGUUCUCCUGUCUUCUCUGCCGUCUCCAUCUCAAAGAUCUGGAGAAAAAUCAGGUAAAGCAGUGAGACUGGAUACAGAAGAGAGUUACAUGAGCAAUCGAAGCAUUUCCAGGAGGGACAUGAUAACAAUGAAGCAGCACAGCGUGUCUGUCAGGAGCAGAGUGAGCACAUGAGCGCACUUCACUGUAGAAAAACAGACGUCAAUCCUUCAGUGAGUCUUGCUUGGAAAACCUAAUCUGGAACAGGGUAGCUGAUGUCUCACAUGAUGGCUGGCAUUAAUAUGUGUGUGUCAACUAUGUUAUGUUUGACAGAGGUUUUAAUAAUAAUAAAUUUUUUAUUUGAAAGCGCCCUUCAAAGCACCCAGGGUCACUGUACAAUAUUAAAAACAAGAUAUUCGUAAUAAGACAAUAAAUAAAACAAUUAGCAUUUUAAACAGAUAAAAAUCGACACAGGGAAUGGAUAAAACAGCUACAGGGAGUAUGCGGAGCGAAACAGGUGGGUUUUGAGUAGUGUUUUGAAAGAGAGAAAGUAUCCCAAAACUUAGCUCAGUGUCUCCUUUCUGUUACAGCACUGUAAUGGAGUAAACGUUUACUCAUUGAUCGGCUCAGACAAUUACUCACCAGAUAAAAAAUCUAUGCUUUUGGUGUUUGUUAUCAACUUUGGACCCUGCCUGCUGGUUAUUCUCGGUGACAGGUCUUGUGUUUUUCUCUUUUUUUGUUCAAUGCGUGAAUAAGUAUGCAUAUUUAUAUACUCUUUUGACAUUCUUCAAGUUAAAUUCGGUAUACACCAACAAUUUAUUUAUGUCCCAUAUGGUGGUGACUAUGACUUUUGAAUACUAAUAAAAGGCCUUAAUCUUUCCCCAUUUUGAUUUAAUGACUUUUUUAAUUUAAUGACGUUGUUUUAUGUUUCAAAUGAUGGAAUAUAAUAUCUAUGCAAUGUGUCAAUAUGAGUUAAGAUUGUGUAUCACUUAUCACAAUGUCACAAGAUUAAUUAUUGUCAUUUUUCAUUUUCAGUUAUCAUUAUCAGUUUUGGGCCAUUUUGCCCAGUCCUGCCUCACUGGAGUGUCAUGUCCUCAUAGCCAUUCUUCUUCCAAUUUGGUCUUUGGUCUAAAUAACGUUAAAAAGUUGUUUCUACCAGUUUUAAAUAACAAAAUCUGUUCAUGUUGUUGAAACCUGUGAAUAGUGUCCAAAUGCAGAGGGCCUGUUUGACAUAAAGUGUUAUUCCGAAGCUCAACUUUUUAAUAAUUUAUUUUUAAUUUGAAAAAUAUUCAGAGCUGGUAAAAUUUCUAUCGUCUCAGUUUAAAACUUUGACUUCUGUUCAGUUGGGUCACUGAGUUCAGCUGGUUCUGGGUAUAUUAUUUUUUACUGGUUCACACUGCGGAUAGACAAAUAUGUGAUAAUGACUUCAGUAUAAUCAGAGAGUAUUUCUGGUCAGCAAAUUAAAAUAAUUAUUCAAGUUUUAUUCUUCCAGGUUGCUGAUAGGUUGGUGUAACUUUUUUAAAUCAUCGUCUCUGUUCAUUACCACUUUUCAGCGGUCCCUGGACACACACUCGAUUCAGGUGGUGGUUGUUUCAUUUGGCUGUCAGGAGGGAGCUUCACACUGGCUGCAGGAGACUGGCUGCCAGUACGACAUGCUGCUGGACUCUGAUAGGAAGGUCAGAUGUCAAUAAAACAUACACUUCUUAAUGUCUGUCUCUGUGAAAUCUUAUUAAUCAUCCUGACAGAUUAAUUGGUCUCUCUUUACUGCUUUUGUUUUUGUGGUCUAGAGAGAAGCUAUCUGUCAUGAUAUGUUCUGUUAAUUUAGUUUUCCCCUGGUUUUGUUAUCUGAGUGUAUUUUCUGUGCGUUUCUUCACAGUAUUUCUGUUCCUUAUUGUUCCUGUAGUCCAGUCUUGUGAGUUUUCAGUUUGUGUUUGACCCUGUUUCUCUCCUGUUCUCAGUGUUUUAUUCUUUAUAUCAGUUUUUAGUGUUUCCUGUUUUAUUUUGUAGUAGUUGAUUCAUGGUUUUACUUUCCUAGUUUUCCCUCCUUCGUUAAUCACCCGUGAGUUUCACCUGUGUGUCGUUAGCCUCACCUGUGUGUCGUUAGCCUCACCUGUUGCUCGUUUCCCUGUGUGUGUAUACAGUCCCUGUCUUCCCCUCUGUCUUUUUUGGUUCAUUGUAUGUCCAUGUGUGCAUAUGCUUCUGUCCCCAGUUGUCUCCUUGUGAUUUUUGGUUCUUUGGAAUUUGCUUUUUGUGUUUUUUUAACUUUAGAAAUUUUUUAGUUGGACAUUUAAAGUAAGAUUUUGUUGCUUUUUAUUGCAUUCUUUUAAUAAAUCAUUUUUUUGUUCUGCAUUUGGGUCCUUUUUUCUCUUUGUUCAACUCUAACUCAUGACAUUAUUGAUUUUAUUAUAGCACUGGAUAAAAAACAUGAUAUCGCAAUAAUCUUCAUUAACUCUGUUGGGUUUUGUAGAUGUACUCAGUGUUCGGCCUGGGAGCGUCCCUGAAAAAAGUCCUCAAUUUCAGCAACAUGCUGCACUACGCCGAGUACGUGGCAGACAACAUGGAGUUUCCAAGAGGGCUUCCAUCGAUUCAAGACGACAUGUUUCAGGUAUAAAUGACGUAUGAAGAUUUGCGUACUAAUCAAAGACAUUUGAAGGGGUGGAAACGAGAGAUUUGGUGCAUGUCCAUUUAAACAUUUAAGUUUUCCUAUAUGGUGGCCCUGAGGUGCAAAACACAACUGUAAAUCAGAAAACAAAACACAAAAAGAAAACACAACGGCAAAUAAGAAGGCACAACACAAAAAGAGAAAACACAACGGCAAAUACGAAAACAAAACACAAAAAGUGUUGUGUUUUCUGAUUUGCCGUUGUGUUUUCUCUUUUUGUGUUGUUUUCUGAUUUGCCGUUGUGUUUUGCACCUCAGGACCACCUCAGUCCUCUCAUAUAAAACCAAAAAAAGGUGCGAACACUAUCUUAAAAAUAGAAAACAUCUUAUUUGAUCAACAAAUACAGAAUAAGAGUUAGCUGUGUGUACAUUAAUGCGUGAAAGUAAAAGGAAAUGGACAUCCAAGGUCACACACUUUUCUCUUCUGUGUGUUUUUUUUUUUUUAAAGCUGGGAGGCGACUUUGUUUUGGACGAACAUGGGAGGGUGCUGUUCUCUCACUGCUGUCAAAGUCCCAUCGACAGACCCUCAGUGGAGGACAUUUUAGCUGUAAAAUAAAGAUACAGCUCCCUCAUGUACAGUGCAGUCAAAAUAAAACAGUUUCUGUGUUACAAGAGACAAUUUUCUGG